AUGUCGACUCCCCUACGCCAAGUCAAGCGAUACAUCAACGAGACUCUGUCAUCUGCCUUUGACGAACUAUCCAAACCAGAUGGCCGACCAGCCAUAACACUCAAACGAAGUUCUAGGAACGCGUCACUGUUCAUCAAUCCCACAAGUAGAGCCCUUGAAAGCAGCGGAACAGACACAUAUAUCACCUAUUCCUGGCCCGGCGCAAACACCUUCGAGGCAUGGAAAUUUAGUAUACACAUCGAUUCAUUGACACUACCACGGGUCCAUAUACUGAUCCUUAUAACAAUAGCCGUUGUCUUUCGAGUUCUUGCCGUCGUUGCAGAUGCUAUUGGCACAGGUGUAGUAGUUUCCAAAAGCGAUCCGGCCUGCUUUGGGACACAGAGAAUUGUUGACACAAUCGUUGAUGACCUGGCCUACACCAUUGGAGUCGACAGAUCCGCACUGAAUGUUGAAGCGGCUGCGAAAGGACUUGUGGCAGGCUAUUGUAGCCUUCUGACCAAAUCUGGGGAGACAAUGGAUGUUCAAUUGCCUGCCAAGGACUGUCUGGUGCCAAGUUCACAAGAUGACAGGGAACUAAACAUCUCAGAUGCUAGCUGGGUCUUAAUCAUCGAGAAAGAGGUGCAGCCUUUGCCAUACGAUCUCAUUACGGAGACUCAUCUAGUACACAGGCCAUCUACCGCCGACUCACAAGAAGUAAUUAUCAUACUAGAGCGGCCGCAGGAAAAGGGAUUCUCAUCACUAUCAGACAAAGCCCUACGCUUCUAUGGUUUAGUUGACAACGAUCCCGACGGCAUGGCUAUCAUGUCAAUAUACAAGUACGGCUCAAUGGCACAUACGAACCAGAAUGGAAGGUUGAAUAUUCCUUGCCUCUGGUGGUUAGGCCUCCGAACGUCAGAUGUCGUAUCUGGAGCACCGAGCAACGACGACAGGGCUUUGAAUAGAUUGACAGUAAGGGACAGAACGAAGAUCGUGACCAUGUUGUCGAACAACCCUGUCUGGGCAGCCGAAGGACCUGAGCUGGAAUGGCGUGCAGAGCUGCAGCAAAUGCUCAUGCUGAACCUGAAAGCUGAAAUCGAGAUACUUUAUGAUUGGGACGGAGGACUAGAAGGAUGGAUUGAUCAGAAGAUGGCAGGUUUCUCUCUACCGGAAGACUAG